CGAGGAAGUCGGGACCCGUGUUGGGAAAAAAGAAGGGGGGCCGGGGUCAGGAGCGCCCCCUCCCCCCGCUUCCCCCCUCCCCCCGGGGUUGGGGGGGCCGGAGCAGAGAGCGCCCAGCCCGGGAGGUGGAUGAAUGUGGGAGAAAAUGGAGACCAAGACGAUCGUGUACGACUUGGACACGUCGGGGGGGCUGAUGGAGCAAAUCCAAGCUCUGCUGGCUCCCCCCAAGACGGACGAGGCAGAAAAGCGGAGUCGUAAGCCCGAAAAAGAGCCCCGGAGAAGCGGCAGGGCCACCAACCACGACAGCUGCGAUAGCUGCAAAGAAGGUGGGGAUCUCCUGUGCUGUGACCACUGCCCGGCCGCCUUCCACCUCCAGUGCUGUAACCCUCCACUGAGCGAAGAGAUGCUGCCUCCUGGGGAGUGGAUGUGUCACCGGUGCACCGUUCGCCGAAAGAAACGAGAGCAAAAAAAGGAGCUGGGCCACGUCAAUGGACUGGUGGACAAAUCCAGCAAACGGACUACAUCCCCCAGCAGUGAUACUGACUUGCUGGACAGAUCAGCCAGCAAAACUGAACUCAAGGCCAUUGCCCACACCCGGAUCCUGGAGAGGAGAGCCAGCCGGCCUGGCACGCCCACAUCCAACGCCAGCACAGAGACCCCACCCUCUGAGCAGAAUGAUGUCGAUGAGGACAUCAUUGACGUGGACGAGGAGCCCAUAGCAGCGGAGCCGGACUGUGUGCAGCCCCAGCUGCGGCGGCCCUUCGAGCUGCUGAUCGCUGCUGCCAUGGAGCGGAACCCCACCCAGUUUCAGUUGCCCAAUGAACUGACUUGUACCACCGCGCUCCCAGGUUCUAGCAAGAGGAGAAGAAAGGAGGAAACCACAGGGAAAAACGUUAAAAAGACACAGCACGAGUUAGAUCACAAUGGUCUUGUUCCCCUACCAGUCAAAGUCUGCUUCACAUGCAACAGGAGCUGCCGUGUGGCCCCUCUCAUCCAGUGCGACUAUUGCCCCCUCCUGUUCCACAUGGACUGCCUCGAGCCACCGCUCACUGCCAUGCCCCUGGGCAGAUGGAUGUGUCCGAAUCACAUCGAACAUGUGGUGCUGAACCAGAAGAAUAUGACGCUGAGCAAUCGGUGCCAGGUGUUUGACCGUUUCCAGGACACCAUUUCACAGCAUGUGGUCAAAGUGGACUUCCUGAACCGAAUCCAUAAGAAGCACCCUCCUAACCGCCGUCUGCUCCAGUCAGUCAGAAGAAGGAGCUUGAAGGUUCCUGAUGCUAUCAAAUCUCAGUACCAGUUUCCACCCCCUCUCAUUGCACCCGCGGCCAUUCGGGAUGGGGAGCUGAUCUGCAAUGGGAUCCCUGAGGAAUCACAGACGCACCUUUUGAAUUCUGAGCACUUAGCCACCCAGGCAGAGCAGCAAGAGUGGCUCUGUAGUGUUGUUGCGCUCCAGUGCAGCAUAUUGAAACAUUUAUCUGCUAAGCAGAUGCCUUCGCAGUGGGACUCUGAACAGACAGAGAAGGCUGAUAUUAAGCCUGUUAUUGUGACUGACAGCUCAAUCACCACCUCCCUGCAAACAGCUGACAAGGCACCUACACCUUCCCACUGCCCCUUGUCCUGCCCCUCAGGGAUUAGCACCCAGAAUUCCCUGAGCUGCUCUCCACCCCACCAGCCCCCAGCCCUAGAGGACAUCAGCUGCAGUUCUUGUGCGGAAAAAUCCAAGAAAGCCCCCUGCGGGACUGCCAACGGGCCAGUGAGCACAGAGGUGAAAGCCAAUGGCCCACACCUCUACAGCAACCCCACUGAUUCCACGGACCCCCGGCGACUUCCAGGCGCCAACACCCCCUUACCAGGCCUCUCCCACCGGCAAGGCUGGCCCCGGCCCCUCACGCCACCAGCGGCUGGGGGGCUUCAGAACCACACCGUCGGCAUCAUUGUGAAGACAGAGAAUGCCACUGGCCCCAGCUCUUGCCCCCAGAGGAGUUUGGUUCCUGUCCCAAGCCUGCCCCCUUCCAUUCCCAGCUCUUGUGCCAGCAUCGAGAACACCAGCACUUUGCAAAGAAAGACUGUCCAAUCACAGAUAGGACCUCCGUUGACAGAGUCAAGGCCACUGGGCUCACCCCCAAAUGCCACCCGGGUGCUUACUCCCCCCCAAGCAGCAGGAGAUGGUAUCUUGGCCACAGGAGCCAACCAACGAUUCUGCUCACCAGCGCCAUCAUCAGAUGGCAAGGUCAGCCCCGGCACGCUACCCAUAGGAAGCGCUUUAACCGUACCCUCUUUCCCAGCCAACUCUACUGCCAUGGCGGACCUCACCAGCUCGCUGCGAGCCUGUACCCUUCCACCAGCUGCUGCGGGAAGGUGCCGUCCCUGCGCAGCUUUCCAGCCCUGUUGGUUCAGAAAGGAACCGAAGGGAUGCCUGAGCUCCCAGGGCUGGGGAGAAAUCGAGAUAAAUAUGCUGGACGAGAAGCUGAUCAAGUUUCUGGCCUUGCAGAGAAUACAUCAGCUUUUCCCCUCCCGGGUCCAAGCGUCACCGGGCAGUGUCGGGGCACAUCCGCUGGCUGCUGGAGGGCACCACACAGAAGUGCAAAGAAAGGAGGUACAGGCCCGAGCUGUGUUCUACCCUCUCUUAGGGUUGGGAGGAGCUGUGAACAUGUGCUAUCGAACCCUCUACAUCGGGACAGGAGCUGACAUGGACGUGUGCCUUACAAACUACGGUCACUGUAACUACGUGUCCGGCAAACACGCCUGCAUAUUCUACGAUGAGAAUACCAAACAUUAUGAGCUGUUAAACUACAGUGAGCAUGGGACAACGGUGGACAAUGUGCUGUAUUCCUGUGACUUCUCUGAGAAGACCCCGCCAACCCCCCCAAGCAGUAUUGUUGCCAAAGUGCAGAGUGUCAUCAGGCGCCGCCGGCACCGGAAGCAGGGUGAAGAGCCAAGUGAGGAGGCAGCCAUGAUGAGCUCCCAGGCCCAGGGCCCUCAGCGGAGACCCUGCAACUGCAAAGCCAGCAGCUCAAGCUUGAUCGGGGGCAGUGGGGCCGGCUGGGAGGGCACCGCCUUACUGCACCAUGGCAGCUACAUCAAGCUGGGCUGCCUGCAGUUUGUCUUCAGCAUCACCGAGUUCGCGACCAGACAGCCCCGAGGCGAUGCUGGCCUGCUGCAGGACGGGGUCUUGGCCGAGAAGCUGUCUCUCAAGCCCCACCAGGGCCCCGUGCUGCGCUCCAACUCUGUUCCCUAGGACCGGCGGCUGCCCCGUCACGUGACCGCCUGGCCGCCCAACCCAAGACUCCUGCAAUGCAAAAAUGUACACAAACCAAGCCCGGGUUUUUUUCUAUACUCCACCAGAAACCCUUCAACUACAAUCUUUGCAUGAAAUGAAGAAAACCUUUUGACUGUUUUUUAAAAAUCCUUUUUCUUUUCUCAAGUUCUAGGGGGCAUUUGCACAUAUAUUUGUACUCAACAUUUCAUGGGAAAGCGGCAGACCCGAGCUGAGGAACAGCGUGGGCAGGGAGGGGAAGGCCGAUGGUCUGGACACUUCCUCCAACACAAGACCGUUCCCCACCCACCUCCUGCUCCCUCCCCCUCGCCCGCCGUUGUAAAAUAAUCAGAAACUUGUUCUAUUUUGUGGCAGUGACAAUAGUUUUAUAUAAAAGAAAAAAUACAGUUUUCAUACAGCAAAAUCUAUACAAUAUCAUUGUUUUAUUUAAUAUAAAGAUCGCUACCCACCCUACUUCGUGGUCCCCACCCUCCAAGUUACUUUCCCUUUCUGCAGCGGUUGCACGACAGGUAGCUACUGUGUAUUCUGGACAAAUGAGAAAUGAAUUCUUUUUCUGGCUGUCCAUCUAUUUUAUUUCAAAUAAGGAAAAGUGUAUUUGGAUUUUGUGUAAAUACAUCUAGUGAUGACAUUUUUUCAAUGUUUUUAAAACCUGUACAGUACUACAUGUGGUAGAGCGUUUUCUUCAAAUUGUCUAUUGUAGCAAAAACGUUUUUGUCGUAAACCUGUUUCGUCUCCUUUUUUUGUUCUCUUGCCACUCUCCUGUUCCUCCCACCCCACCCCAAGUAGUACCAAUGUACAUAGUAAUUGUAAUGUUUUAGACUUUACAGAAACUUUCCUGUAUUCUGUAUAUAAAAAAACAA